CUUGGUGUCUUCCUCUUCCUACCCGAAAGUAUCAAGAAUCUUCCCCAUCUCUCUCCAUCAAAAAACUGUCUUCAAGAUCUGACCGAGUCGCUCCCUAGCGGUAGAGGUCGAGGGCGAUCGAUACGACACGUCGGAAUGUGUUCGGCUUCGGACUCCAGUCCGCGCUUCGUGCCCGGGACCAUCCGCCAUUUCCUCACGGAGAUCGCCCACGUUGCCGAUAGAUCCUCCAAGCUCGACGACUUCGUCGAGAGGUUGCAAGACGAGCUCGGCAAGAUCGAUGCCUUCAAGCGCGAGCUCCCUCUUUGCAUGCUCCUGUUGAGCGAGGCGAUUGAAGCUCUCAAGAAAGGGUCAAUGCGAUCGAGUGCUCGACCGGUUUUAGAGCAAUUUGUCCCGUUGAAGAAAGAUUCCGGUGGGAGUGAAGGGGUUGGAGCGAAGCCAAACGACGAGAAGAAAUGGACGACGAGCUCUCUUAUGCUGUUGGACACUGAGAAAAACUUCUCCUCCUCCUUUGAUUUAAAUGAAAACCCUGAAGCGGAACUACAUACUAAGAUUAUUGAAGAGCCGAAGCCGGCUGCAUGCAUAGAUCAAUCGCAAUUCCAGACUAGUAAGAGCAGGAAUGUAGACACAAGAGAAUCACGCUCUUUGUUCCCAUCAGCUAUGGCUUCAAGUGAGCUGGCGGAAAUUCCGUUGCAUGGAUUUUUAACCCUUGGUGCGGGGAUGAAGAAUCCCAGCCAAGAAUCAUCUUCUUCUACCGGUACAGUAACUGGUCGCAGUAGGACAAUUUCCUCAGCUGACUGCAAUGCGCAAUCAAGUUCGAGGUGUGGAAACCAACAGACUGCCAAGAAGCGGAGGCGGUCCUGGUCUCCCGAGCUGCAUCGGCGAUUCGUCAACGCCUUGCAGCAACUAGGAGGCGCACAAGUUGCAACUCCGAAGCAGAUUAGAGAACUGAUGCAGGUCAAUGGCCUCACUAAUGAUGAAGUUAAAAGUCAUCUGCAAAAGUAUAGGCUUCAUAAUCAAAGACUUCAUUCUAAAGCUUCCACAGCACAAAAAUCAGGCGUUCUGCAGGAUCUCCAGUUGGCAAGAGAUAUAUCUGGUGACUCCUUGAAGAUGAGCGGUCCCCAAUCUCCUUCUCCUCAGAGUCCACUUCAGAUUGUGGGAAAUCCUGGUUGACCUCUCACCCUGCCAUUGACAGCAUGGAAGAAGAUAGAGAACCGUGAGACCCAUAGCUCGAAGAGCAAUAUCAAUAAGCUUAAGAAAUGAGUUCUCCUACUCUUACUGCACAAGUUUUUCAGAUAAAAAAUAUACAUAAAGGAGCAAAUGACAAUUACAUAUACCACGUGUCAGAGAUACAUACUUCUGUACAAGGUUGGAUCAGAGUCUCUCAAUUUUUGCAGGAUCAGUUCUCCUCCCUCAGAAAUUUUUAUUUCUUAUUGUGCCUUUCUUCUGCUUAUACUGGCAAUCUUAUUCUGACCUUGUAUACAUUUCUUGGUGUUUAAGUGUAUAAAAGCAUCAAGGCCUUGAUUGA